AUGGGUGCUGGGAGGGCCCCCUGGGUGGUGGCUCUGCUCGUGAGCCUCUUGAGGCCAGAUUCCUUCAUGGCUGAAGGCAGAGACACCCCAGAGGAUUUUGUGAUCCAGGCGAAGGCGGACUGUUACUUCACCAAUGGCACGGAGAGGGUGCGCUUCGUGGUCAGGUUCAUCUUCAACCUGGAGGAGUAUUUACACUUCGACAGCGACCUGGGGGUGUUCGUGGCGCUGACGGAGCUGGGGGAGCCUGAUGCCGAGCAGUGGAACAGACGCCCGGAUCUCCUGGCGAGGAGCAGAGCCUCUGUGAACCUGGUCUGCAGGCAGAACUACAGGCUGGGGGCCCCCUUCACCGUGGGGAGAAACGUGCCCCCGGAGGUGACAGUGUACCCAGAGAGGACCCCGUUGCUGGGGCAGCGCAACCUGCUGCUCUGCCUGGUGACAGGCUUCUACCCCGGGGACAUAAGCGUCAGGUGGUUCCGGAACGGACAGGAGGAGCGGUCUGGGGUCUUGUCCACGGGCCUUGUGAGGAACGGGGACUGGACCUUCCAGACGACGGUAAUGCUGGAAGUGACCCCAGAGCUUGGGGACAUCUACAGCUGCCAGGUGGAGCACCCCAGCCUCCCGAGCCCCGUUUCCGUGGCGUGGACGGCUCAGCCUGAGUAUUCGUGGAAAAAGAUACUGAGUGGGGGCGCGGCGUUCCUGCUUGGGCUAAUCGUCUUCCUGGUGGGCGCUGUUAGCCACCUCAAGGCCCGGAAAGCGUCUGAGCGGACUCAGUCUGGCCGUGAGGUCUCAGGAGCUCUUCUCCCACCUCACCCUUAGAAAGACCCUGAGGGAAGCUUCUCCACAGCGCCUGAGGAAGUGUCAGAAGGCCCGACCCGGGUCAGUAAAGAAGGCUGGUUCUAGAGUCUGAGAUGUGCUCAUGUGUCCUCCCCUCCGGCCUGCACCUCAGCAGGCCUCACUUCCAGGACACAGUCCAGAAACUUCCCUAGGACCUAACUCACUCCGGUUCCAAGUUGUUUCAGCCUCUGUGGCUGCCCUGAACCCUGUGCUGGAGAAGCCCAGCCCUUCUGUCUCCCAGACAGUUGCCUUAA